AUGCAAAACGGCGUACCUAACGGGAUCUCAACGCAUGAUGGACGCGUGACCCCCGAACCAAAUGAGAAUUUUCGCGUUUCAUCUGAACUCGAGCUGACCGACAAAGCCGACGAAUCCACGCAAACCCCAAAUGGACACAAAGACGAAGACCUAGCUGACGUGCACCUGGAUGCACCGCCGUCCAAGAGGCGAAAGCUUGCAGAGUUCGGACGAUCCACGCCUCGACAAGUUUCGCCACCCUGGAAGAAGGUUGGAGUUGAAGGUCCAACAUCAUUCAUUGAAGAGGGUAGGCGGAAAUCCUCGAGAACGAACGCGGUCCCUCUCGGCCUACAGCCACCUUCUGCCAAGAGGCAAACUCGAGCAACGCAAAAGGACCACAAGACAAAGGCCGUCUCCUCUCACCGAAAACCAUCGGAAUCUUCACCACAUGCGCAUGCGUCGGUUCGAGCUGCAAAAGGCGGGAGGCAUUCUCUUGGGGCGAAAUAUCCCUCGUACGGGUCGUUAAACAAUGCGUCUAGGGGGGAGUCUACAAGAAAGUCAAGCUCAAGGCUUUCCACCAGUGCCAUCAAUCAUGACAGCCCAUUAGGAAUUACGAAAUCAGCCAACUCGCGCACGAGGUCCUACAGCUCGGCGAAUGCGCCUGGUCGCGUGCAAGCGGGUGUCAACAACAGCUCGGGUACGAGACGAUCGCGCCGCAAUGCUUCUAUCUCGAUAGAUGCGUCGCCAUCCUCUUGUCAAGACUUUGAUGGUAAAGAUUGUUAUAAAAACGAAAAAGAUUUGCUAGAAUCCGAAGGCGUUCCAAAGUAUCCACGGUUGCGACUCAAAUUCAAGAAAGGAUCCGUUAGUGUUCAGCACCCUGGCCACGUUGUUGCCCCGAAGAAACACGCCUCAUUCCGAGAGUGGAUCGAUAAUGUCGAUGUUCUAGCUGGAGAAAACGCGGUUUCCACGCCUCAGGAUGCGGAACAAGAAGCUGGGAAACGGAACAGGGUGUUUGAGGCUGGUGAGCCUGGUGGGUUACUCACUCCACAGGUCUGCUCGGCUUGUCUGCCCGAACCGCAAGAAGAGCCUCCUCCACAGUAUUCUCACCACGACCACCUUGUCGCACAUGCUUUGUUCUUCCGCAAACUUCUAGACCAAGAACAUAAACGCCAUCGAAAUACUGCUCGCCACCUUGCUCAGUCAUGUGCCGAGGCAUGGAGAAAAAGGAACAAGAGACCAGAGGAUAUUCUUCGCGAACAGGAAGAGGAAAUCAAAGCCAAACGACGACAACUUAUCAGGGAUCUCCAAAGACAAUUUGAUUUGGUUCGUGCAGAGGUCGAUCGGGCUCGACUAGCUCGGUGGGAAGAGGAAAGAAAGGCCGAAAACCAGCAGGCGUUGAAUCAAGCAAUCAAGCAGUCGACUAUGCUCUUUGAGAAAAGACGACAAGAAAUCCUCGGGGUUGAGAGCGAUAUGGACGCUGCAAGUGAGGACAUUGACGACGAGGACGACGAUGAUUCGUCCGUUUCAAACGAAGAUGAAAGCAAUAUGUCUAGUAGCGAAAGCGAAAGUGAAAGUGAUGGCAUUGCUGAUGACGACGAGGCGCUCACUGCCGAAGAAUUGCGAUUAAAAUAUGCGAAUAUCCCGGGCGCGCUUGCCUCUAAAGAUGUCGAUGCUGACUCGUCCGUGGUGUCCACAUCUCAAUAUACUCCACUGCCUGGGGAGGAUUUCACGGAAAAUGAUGUUGCUUCCGAGGCAACUUCGCCUAAUUUGUCAGCAAGAAACGAGAACCUUGACGACGUCGACCCUACUUUACUUGAUGCCAGUGACGAAUCGACGGAUAUGGAUGACGAUAUGGGCGACAGCGACCUGGAUAGUAGUGAAGAACAAGGACUUGAAAAUGAUAGCGAUGAUGAUAACAGUGAUCCCAGUGAUGGUGAGCCUGGCUUGCUCGGCUUCUUCUCAUCAAAAGACCGUGUUUAUAGCGGCGAUAUGAAUGAUGCAGAAGGAGAUGAGAGCGACGAAGUCGAAGACCAAGAUGACGAAGUUACUCUUGUACCGACAGAUCCACCUCAGGGGUCCGAAGAAGUUGGAGCUGUCCAAUCGCAAGAGGAUGCAGCCAAAUCGGCAGAUGUCCCUAAUCCAGAUGAUGCUCCUGACUCUAUGCCAAAAGAAACCCCACUUUCGAAGCAAGAUGACGAACAACAUGAUCCGUUGGUGCAAGAUGAAGAUCUUGGAGAGUCGCGACAUAGCGGGGAUGCUUCUAGCGAAGCGUCGCCAGGUACUGUUGCUACCAAACCAUCGGAGCCAGACUCGGUUUCAUCGUAUGAAACUCAAUUCGAGAAGCCUUCAGAGAAUCCGGAAUCAGCUAUGCUCGCCGGUCUCAAAACGCCAAUUCCCCAUCUGCUCAGGGGAACUUUGCGUGAGUAUCAGCAUUACGGGCUGGACUGGUUGGCAGGACUCUACGAUAACCAGAUCAAUGGUAUCCUCGCAGAUGAAAUGGGUUUGGGGAAGACCAUACAAACAAUCGCCUUACUUGCACAUCUAGCUGUCGAGCACGAGGUCUGGGGUCCUCACUUGGUUGUGGUGCCUACUAGUGUCAUCCUCAACUGGGAAAUGGAAUUCAAAAAGUGGUGCCCAGGCUUCAAGAUCAUGACUUACUACGGCAAUCAAGAAGAAAGAAAGCAGAAACGACGGGGUUGGACAGACGACAGCAGCUGGGAUGUUUUGAUUACGUCGUAUCAACUCGUACUUCAAGAUCAACAAGUGCUAAAGCGAAGAAACUGGCAUUACAUGGUUCUCGACGAGGCGCAUAACAUCAAAAACUUUCGGUCACAAAGGUGGCAAGCUCUGCUCACUUUCAAGACUCGAGCACGACUUCUUCUCACUGGAACGCCGCUUCAGAACAAUUUGACGGAGCUAUGGUCCCUCCUCUUCUUCCUCAUGCCCUCGGAUGAGGAUGGCGCUGGUGUAGAAGGAUUUGCAGAUCUUCGAAACUUUUCAGAAUGGUUCCGGCGACCGGUCGAGCAGAUUCUAGAGCAUGGUAGGGAAACGAUGGAUGACGAGGCCAAGCAGAUUGUCACCAAACUGCACACCGUCCUUCGGCCAUAUCUACUUCGGCGGCUCAAAGCAGAUGUCGAGAAGCAAAUGCCUGCCAAAUAUGAGCAUGUGAUCUCCUGCCGCCUAUCGAAGCGCCAGCGCUACCUCUACGAUGGCUUCAUGUCCAGGGCUCAGACCAAGGAAACGCUCGCCUCGGGCAAUUAUCUGUCAAUCAUCAACUGUCUCAUGCAACUUCGAAAGGUCUGCAAUCAUCCCGACCUAUUUGAGACGCGACAGAUCUCGACGUCUUUUGUAAUGUCUACGUCUUUGGCGACCGACUACGAGACCAAAGAACAUCUUGUCCGGCGCCGCCUUUUGUAUCAACACCCGCUUGAUAACCUAGAUCUAGAUUUUCUCAACUUGGCGCCCGUGUUCAGAGAGGAUCUGUCCAAAAGACUGGUACAAGACACGAGUCGCAUAAUGGCAUUUGAGCCCUUGAAAGCAUUACGUGAACGUCAAUAUCUACGAACAAACUGGCAAAUGGGAUUUGAUGGCUCUUCGGUUCGGUCUACGUUAGAGUCGAUGGAAAAUAUCGCAAGGAAAAAGAGGAUGAGCGAGCUGGAGAGCACUCUUUACUUUGAGUCAAACCGGCAUGGACGACGCCCUGUGUGGGGGAAGAAUUUGAUUGAUUUCCUCACCAUUGAAAAACCGUACAAUGGGCUCUCUACGCGCGGCUCUGGGCAGGUGUCCAAGCUCGAGCAGCUGGCGAACCAGUCAUCGGUGCUAUCCUCUAUGAUCAAUUCGAUCGAUGACCGAGCGCUUUCGAUGGAGGGUUAUAUCCAGAGAUUUGCCUGCGUGACGCCGGCGGCGACAGCCACGGGGACUACCGAGGCAGCAAUCACACCUGUUGAAACGCGGUACUUUGACCGUAAUUUGAAAUAUCAUCAAUACGAUCCGUUCCACGAGGCACAAAUGCGUCUGUCCAUUGCGUUCCCGGACAAGCGGCUGCUACAAUACGAUUGUGGUAAGUUACAGCAACUGGAUAAGCUAUUGCGAAAGCUCCAGGCCGGUGGUCAUCGGGCUUUGAUCUUCACGCAAAUGACAAAAAUGCUGGAUAUUCUGGAGCAAUUCCUGAAUAUCCACGGGCAUCGCUAUCUCCGACUUGACGGUACGACAAAAGUCGAACAGCGGCAGAUGCUUACCGACCGUUUCAACAACGACAACCGAAUUCUUGCUUUUAUUUUGUCUACUCGUUCUGGUGGCCUGGGUAUCAACCUUACGGGUGCCGACUCUGUCGUUUUCUACGACUUGGACUGGAAUCCUGCCAUGGACAAACAAUGCCAGGACCGAUGCCACCGAAUCGGCCAGACAAGAGACGUACACAUUUACCGGUUCGUGUCUGAUCAUACCAUCGAGUCGAACAUCCUGCGCAAGGCCAAUCAGAAGAGAAUGCUGGACGAUGUGGUCAUUCAAGAAGGCGCAUUCACCACCGAUUACAUAGCCAAGGUUGAAACCAACAUGAACAACGAGGACGUGCCCGACGCGCCCCAGGACGAGGCAAGCAAAGCAAUGGACCGCGUCCUCGAUAACCGGGGUGGCCGCACGGCACGUGUGUUUGAGCAAGCCGAGGAUAAAGAAGACAUUGACGCUGCGAAGAACGCACAAAAGGAGAUGGAGCAUGCCGACGACGGCGACUUUGAGGAGCGCAGCGGCUCGAAUGCGCUUGCCCAGCCCGGUGCGAAACAGGACGGGGCCGUCGAGGUCGUCGACGAAGCCGAACCAGAGCCGAAUCAUGUCGAUGACUAUUUGCUACGGUUCAUGGAAUGGAAUCUACAGGGUGAGCCUUUGGUGUUACCGCCUGAUAAGAUCAAGAAGAAAUCCAAACGGGGGAAAGAGCAUCGAUUGAAACGACGUCGUUAG